AGCCGCGGGGGAGCGCUGAGCCCAGCACCGCCGGGACCACGCCUGCGAGCUCGGCACCGGCACCGGCCCCAGCCCCGGGACCCCGCAGCCCGCCCCGGGCUGGCUGCUCCUCUCCACCCUGUGCCACCCUGCCCAGGUGCCCCCAGCUGUCCCCAUGGAGUGACCCUGCCCGGGGGUCCCUGCAGCGGUGCGGUCGCUGCCGGCACCAGCUGGGCACAGAGGGCAGGUGGCUGUGGGCACCAUCAUGAGUGACUUCUGGCACAAGCUGGGCUGCUGCGUGGUGGAAAAGCCACAGCCUAAGAAGCGGCGGCGGCGAAUCGACCGCUCCAUGAUCGGGGAGCCAAUGAACUUCGUGCACCUGACGCACAUCGGCUCCGGGGACAUGGCGGCGGGCGAGGGCCUGCCCAUGACCGGCGCCGUGCAGGAGAUGAGGUCCAAGGGCGGCCGAGAGCGACAGUGGAGCAGCUCCCGAGUCUUGUAGCGACUCCCAGGUUUUCUCAGCCCAAACUUGAACUCCUGAGCCCCAGCCCCAGCCGGAGGAGCAGUCGACCUCAGCGCUUUCCCCCCGCGGUAAUUUAUGCAGCUGCCGUCGGCUCUCGGUCGCCCUCCCCCCCCCGCGGCAGAUGCCUCCCUCCCGGGGGGGCACCGACUCGGUGACGCAGGGGAUGGCAGCCCCCCCACGUCCCGCCCCGGCGGCGUUUGGAGCCCGAAGGACGCAGCCUCCUCCCCACCCCCGCCGCACCUCAGGAUGUGCCAAAUCCUCACCGGUUUCACUGCACCACCGGCGCCUGCCGCGGCCCCCUCCCGGCGCCGGCGGAUCGCGGCCGGGCCGCUCCCGGUGCGGAGGCUGAGUCGGUGCCCUCCCGGCACGGCGCAGAAGAGCACAGCCAGGAUCGAAGCCUGCGGCUCCGGCGUCAGACCGGCAGCGAGCCUGGGAUUAAAGCUCACCGCUUCGGCGGCUCGGUGCCAACA